UUCAGACUCUUUCCGUGUGUUUACUUCUUGCUUUGCAUUUUCUGGAAGAAGAAGACACUGCGUUAUCGCGAGAACUGUGCAUUAAAUACAGUUGUGCGAGCUUUUGCAGUUCUUUCGAGUUAAAACGUUUCGAGUAUCCAAGUUGUUCGAGCAGAUAUGGCAGACUACAGCAAACUGGGAUCGCCACCGGCUUACAUGGACGAAGCCUCGGCUCCACCGCAUUCUGAAAUGAUUCACUAUGCACCACAGCCGAUGUAUCCGCCGCUGCAGCCACCGCCUCAAGUGGCACCGGUACAGGUUGCACCUCCUCAGGUGGUGCACCACACCACCACUGUUGUAGUUGAUAGCCAGGGACGCGGAAUGGUCUGCCCCCAGUGCAAUGCCCGUAUCCGUGUGCGCACCGAUUUCCAUCCCACGGGCAAAACCUACUGCCUGGCAGCUCUGCUCUGCCUUUUCCUGUGCUGGCCCUGCGUCUGCGUUCCCUGCUGCUGCAACUGCUGCUACAAAACCAGCCAAUUCUGCCCCAACUGCAACGCCUGCCUGGGCUCCUUCUAAGGAAAACCAAACCAGUGAACAUUCGACACUCAUAUGUAUGUACAUAGAUAUGUGUGAACGUACAUAAAUUACAUACUAAAAUAAUCACAUAAACAAACAUACAUACAUACGUAAAUAUGUAUAUAUGUACUGACAUUUGAUCAUACAAUACUCGACGAAGUACGGAAUAAACAGAAUCGUAUUUGUGCUUACAGCAAGCGAAAAAUCAAAUAAAGGCUUUGCAAGCGAAGCAGAUUCCAAUUCCGGGAAUCCCAUAAAACUAAA